CGCUGGGACUGCGAUCAAGUUCCGAAUUCCCGCCAGCCGCCAGCAUCGAGCUCGGACGUCAAACCACCUCUUUCUAGGGUGCUUACGGCAAAGCAGGUCAUAAACCACCUAAUUACAUACAGCAGUACCCUCUAUGCUGGGGGUGGUGAUUAAUUGCCUGGUUUGAACUUCGAAACCACCGUUCCUCUUUGACUGCUCCCGCGUCAAUCUUUGACCUGUUCAGACGUGCCGACGAAUCGCCUCCUGCAUCAACUGGCAGUUAUUCUUAUCCCUAACUUUACGACCAAGAAUCCGCGAAUAGGCGUCGCUGCUGGGGAAUUAAUUAGAUAGGUACCCAUAAGUACCACGUACCACAACAGGUCGCCAAGCAUAGCCGAAAAAAUAGGGGCUCAAACCAACCGCGGCUGACGGGCAAGCGUUGAUUCAUUCGUCCCAUAACCUGCGUGGCGCUUCCAACGACAAUACGCGGCGCACAUUCCCACCUAAGGGUUCAAGCAUCCAGAGACAUUUUACAUUCAGGCGCGAGAAUCCUGCUGUCAGUCACGUCGCCUGGUUUGCGACUGGUACGACAACUCACGCCCAGCCGCUCGUCAAAUUCCAUUGUUUCGACAUACCAUCCUAGGUAGUCGGUUCUCUGCGCAAAGAGAAGAAAAGAAGCACGCGUUGGCGUUUACGCUUCAUCCAACACAUCAACAAUGGCGUACAAUCGUUUAGACGACGAUUACUUCGAUAACCGCCGCCCAAUGAACAACCGCCCGCCACCUCACCGGACGCCUUCGCCGGGUCAUCCUCUCCAGCAUGGCUACCAGUUGGACGAUGCGCCGUACGGCAGGCCAGGGAUGAACAAUGCCAGCAACCUUGAUAUCCCAAUGGGCCCCGGAAGACAUACGCCUAGCGACCAGCUUCAACUUCACACGGCACACUCGAUGGCGAACAUGAGUGAGGUAGGCUAUCAGCAGCAGCCUGGUGGCUACAGGGAAGAGUACUCGGUCAAUCCCGAGCAGCAUCAUGAUGCAUACUAUAACCCGACAUAUACUCCUACGCCAAACGAAGGUCAAACUCCCUACGGCGAACCGGGUUAUGACCAUGAUGGGCGGCCACUUCUUCCACAGCAGGAUUCGUAUGGCCGAUACUCAGACAAUCCUCAACAACCGCAGCAGCAGGGUGGGCUGAAGAGAUGGAAGACUGUCAAGCGAGUUCCGCUCUACAUGGGAAACCUGGUGCUGGACUGCCCUGUGCCCCCAAAGCUCCUUAACCAGUUUCCUCACGGAGAGCGGGACGAGUUCACGCACAUGCGCUAUUCUGCAGCCACCUGCGACCCCAACGACUUCUAUGACGAGAAGUUCACUCUCCGUCAAAGGUUAUUCAGCAAACCGCGUGAAACAGAAUUGUUCAUCGUGGUCACCAUGUACAACGAAGAUGAAGUUCUUUUCGCCAGGACAAUGAUUGGUGUCUUCAAGAACGUCGAGUACAUGUGCAAACGACCUGAGAGCAAGACGUGGGGAAAGGAGGCAUGGAAGAAGAUCGUCGUCUGCAUUGUUAGCGAUGGUCGCGCCAAAAUCAAUCCCAGAACCAGGGCGUUACUAGCCGGUUUGGGUGUGUACCAAGAGGGUAUUGCCAGGCAGAACGUCGACGACAAGCCUACCACGGCGCAUAUCUAUGAAUACACCACACAAAUCGGCAUGGCUCUCAAGAACGAUGUGGUUCAGCUGUUGCCACGCCAGCAGCCUGUGCAGCUUCUGUUCUGCCUGAAAGAGAACAACCAGAAGAAGAUCAACUCUCACAGGUGGUUCUUCUCGGCAUUUGGUCGUGUUCUGAACCCAAACAUAUGUGUACUUCUCGACGCUGGAACCAAGCCAGGUGGUAAUUCUAUCUAUCAUCUGUGGAAAGCUUUCGACCUCGAGCCCAUGUGCGCCGGAGCCUGUGGCGAAAUCAAGGCUAUGUUGGGUACGGGCGGCAAAAACUUGUUCAACCCCUUGGUUGCAGCACAAAAUUUCGAGUACAAGAUGAGUAACAUCCUGGACAAGCCGCUCGAGUCUGCCUUCGGAUUCAUCUCAGUCUUGCCCGGUGCCUUUUCGGCCUACCGCUACAUUGCGCUGCAGAAUGACAAGAACGGCCAAGGUCCAUUGGAGAAGUACUUUGCCGGUGAGAAGCUUCACGGUGCAGGUGCAGGAAUCUUCACGGCGAACAUGUACCUUGCCGAGGAUCGAAUUCUCUGUUUCGAACUCGUAACGAAGCGGAACUGCCAUUGGAUUCUCCAAUAUGUCAAGUCGGCAACUGGCGAGACGGACGUGCCAGACACGGCUACAGAGUUGAUUCUCCAGCGGCGUCGUUGGCUGAACGGCUCCUUCUUUGCCGCCAUUUACGCCAUCGCCCACUUCUAUCAGUUCUUCCGCUCUGACCAUUCAUUCUUCCGAAAGAUCGCCUUCUUCAUCGAAUUCACAUUCAACACGAUCAACAUGAUUUUCGCAUGGUUCGCUAUCGGCAACUUCUUCCUGGUUUUCAAGAUCCUUACUACUAGUCUGGGCGACGAUACCUUGUUGGGGACCACGGGUAAGAUCCUGGGAGUCUGUUUUGAAUGGCUUUACGGCGUAUCCUUGAUCACUUGCUUCGUGUUAGCCAUGGGCAACCGUCCUGCGGGAUCUGGGCCGUACUACUUGGCAAUGAUUUACUUCUGGGCUAUCAUUUUCUGCUAUCUUCUCUUUGCUGCCGUAUUCAUCUCCGUCAAGGCGAUAAUGGCGGACGCUCAGCGUGGUCUCUCAGUACCUGAGCUUCUUAAGGACCAGGUCGUAGUGACUCUGAUUUUGUCCAUCAUGUCCACAUACGGCAUCUGGCUGAUCGCCUCGCUCAUGAUGUUCGACCCAUGGCACAUGUUCACUUCUCUAGUGCAGUACAUGCUGCUCUCGCCGACCUUCACCAAUGUGCUCAACGUUUACGCCUUUUGCAACACCCACGAUAUCUCCUGGGGUACGAAGGGUGACGAUAAACCAGACAAGCUACCUUCAGUCAGCACCAAGGACGGAACAGGAAAAGCCGACUUGCCAGACGAGGCGGAUCUCAACACUAUGUACGAGCGCGAACUUGCCGUGUUUUCACAUAAAUAUGUUGAGGAAAAGAAGGCACCCACUCCCUCACAGCUUGAUGAGAAGCAGUUGGACUACUAUCGAGGUGUCCGUACAGUUGUCGUCCUUCUUUGGAUGGUGACGAACUUCGGCUUAGCCGCCGUUGUACUAUCGACUGCCGGUCUGGACAAGAUCACACCCAACACGACCGCGGAAAGCAAAGAACAGCGUUCAACUAUCUACAUGGCCGUAGUGCUGUACAGUGUCGCCGCAUUAUCUGGGUUCAAGUUUAUCGGAGCCAUGUGGUUCUUGGUUGUUCGCAUGUUUAGGGGCGUUUAAGUAACCUUGCUCCCCUGAUUAUGAGGGUUGUCACGAUGACGAAAUGACUUGUUCAUGUUUUUUUUCUUUUUUUCUUUUUUCACUUCUGUUUCGCUCGCGGCUGGCUUGAUGCUUGAAUCCGCACCGAUCCUACCAUAUUUCACACACCUGUGCCACGUUCUCAGUAAUGGGAAUCAAACUUGGUACAUCUCACUAUAUUGAUAUCCUUUUCCUUUUUGCUUUCCGCGUCUGCAGUAUUUGGUUUUGUAUCAAGACUUUUGUUUUCUACCAGCGCGUUUGGAAUAAUACCCUGUCAAGACCAUGGGUCAAGUAGCUAGAUACAAAGCGAUUCUCACUUGGAACUAAAACCAUAUCCUGACCCAAUAUUGUGAAGAAAAAGAGAGAGAAAAAAAAA